AUGCUGCAUGACCCUCAUGAUCACACGGCUAAUAACAAAAGCAUGAAUGAAUCGUGUUCAGCUUUUGGAAGGCCGUACCCAAGUGUAAUUUCGGACCCGACGCAUAUAGCUUCUGAAAGCACGCGCGUCGAACAAAUUGGGAAUAAAAAAAGAAUAGUGGAUGUUACUAAUAAUCUACCUAGUACUGGAAGUAUGGUGUAUCCUAUGCAGCUUCUCAGCAUUGGAAAGACACAAUUAUUUGAUGGAAAAAAUCAAGUUUGCUCUAUUGCAAGCAAAUGCAUUAAUUUUGGUGUCCAAACUUCUGCUGGAUUAGUGAAUAUUGGUGUUAAUGCCAAUGAAGUCGAAGAAAUACUAUUCUGUGAACCACUGAGAAUAAUAUUUUUUUCCUUACGUGAAGCUUGCAUGAAACAUAUUUCCAAUGCCCUGGGUGUUGUGCCCAUUAAAGAUGUGGAGAGAAAAACUCGUGUCGUAGUAGUUUUGGCUGAGAAACCUCUUCGGGACCCAUACGAAUGUUCUCUUGAGCCCCGAUAUAUAACGGCACUGCAAUUAGAGGGCUUCUGUACUAAUGUUCGUGUUUCUGGUGGUUUAGCCAUGAGUGAUAUUAAGCCUUCAACUGCUCAGAGUAUUCUAACCAGUUAUGGUUUGCGUCUUAAUUUUUCGCAAUCAGCAAAUGAAGCCAAGCGAGAUUCGAUUCCCCUAAUAUUCCCGGAGGCUGCGGUGUAUUCUGUUCCUGGAUCCGAACCUGCCCCAUUUCCCAAACCCUUAACGGCCUCUACCCUCCCUUUAGCCCAAAAUGUGGGCAACGUAGCAGAAGUAGUGAGUUUAUGUGACGAUUCGGAUGAUGAAUGCAACGAUGUCGUUAAAGCUCCGCCUUCAAUAGUCUCUAGAGGACGAGUGUCUCCUUCUCCUGAACGAGUCGUCGCUAAUGGAACCCGCAAUUCCACUGGCUUCAACUAUAGGCCCCCUGGUUCAAAAGACUCCAUUUUUUUGACCUACGCUGAUAUUGAGUGUCUCGCUCCUGGAAUGUUUGUCAAUGAUACAAUCAUAAACUUUUACUUGAAAUACCUCUACUUUGAACAAUUUUCCGACCAACAGCGGCAUUCUACCCAUCUGUUCAAUUCCUUCUUCUAUUCUAAACUUUGCGCAGCCCAUCCCGAAACUAAUUCAAAUGAUGAAGAGCGAGAGGUUGUUAUGGCUCGACACAAGGCUGUAGCUACCUGGACAAGACGUUCGGACAUUUUCACUAAAGACUACAUAAUAAUUCCGAUUAAUGAGAACCUUCACUGGUUUUUGGGUCUCGUUUGCUAUCCCUGGAUGGUUGGCAUGGUUAGCUACAAUAAACUAUACUCGGAAUACAACUAUGACCAAUGUCAACUCGUUCCCGACUUUGCCGACACCACUUUCGAUCCCAAUUUGGGAGAUAUUGGAAAUGAGGAAAUCAGGGUUCUUCCUACAGAUGCUCAGGCAGAGGCGUUCAAUCGAUGGAGGCGCAGGCGCUUGGCAUGGUUGCGUAAAAGGGGAAUUAAUGCAAUGCCCUGCAUUCUUCUAUUUGAUUCCCUCGCUUCUCAGCAUCGUGUUGGGAAUUUGCAUAAAAUCCGAAGCUAUCUCCAAGCAGAAUGGGAUGUGCGAAGGAGUGAACGUGAUGGUGAGAUGGUUUUCAAUAAGGACACGAUCCGCGGGUUCAGUCCUCGAGUUCCUGGACAAGGAAACUUAGUGGAUUGUGGAAUUUUCCUUUUACACUAUGUGGAAAUGUUCUUCAAGAGGCCUGUGAAAAGCUAUACUCGUGAAUACUUCCAGAACGAGAUGAGCCGAUGGUUUGAGAGCGAUAUGUUGGGCAAGAAGAGGUCGGUCAUCAAUAAGCUAAUUGAUCAGCUCUCACAACGAACUGGUGCUCAAAGGGACUCCUUGGAAGCCCUUCAGUAG